AAAGAAAAAAAAGAAAAGCUGAACCGUCAAAACAUAAACAGAGCCGUCAACCUUCUGUGAACGCAGUUAGCUUGCUCUACAGUCUGUCUUUUACCAAAACAAAUCCUUGUGCACGCAUUUCUAAUGUCGUGUAUUCACGGUCAGAGUAUUCCCAGUCGCGGCACUUAGCUGAAUUGCUAAGCAGUGAGAAGGAGAAAAUAAAUCUGCUAUAAAGAUUAGGACUAAACUAAGAAGUACGCCUCGUCGGGCCUUCGAGUAGAGGUAACGCAAGCCAUGCUAGUUAGCCACAACAAGCAAUGCUAGCUCGCUUUUUUUUGACAACCAGCUGUUUGGUUGUGAAGCAGGACUCCGCAGUAUUUAGUUUCCAUAUUCGUUAGCCUCACGCAGGCUAGUUAGCAUUAGCUCACGCCAAUAACACUUGACAGGUAGUCGAGCACUGCAGAGUACAAUGCACUGUUAGGCUUUGGAAAUCAAAAUAGGGCACCAGUCAGGCCUGUGAGCUAGCUAGAAAGUGAGUUAGUGUGUUAAUGUCGUUGCAAGCAGCGGUUCAUAAUAAGCCUGGCUGUUAGUUUGGACGCUACGGAGCUAAAAGGUUCUCCCACGGGUCGACGCAGGACAAAGGAGACAGAAUGGCUGAGCCUGACUGUAAAUCCACUGCGCUGAACGGUGGCUCUGAAGGAAAAAAUCCAGGAGAGGAUCAAAACAAGGAAGCAGAUGCAUCUGGAAGCAAAGAGGGACAAACACAGUCUUCUUCUCAAGAUGCUCCCAAAGAAACAGGAGAGGCGUCUGGAGAUAAGCCUAUGCCAGAUGUGGAAGGAGAGAUGGGGCCAAACCGAGAGGGAGAGGAGGAGGAAGACACAGACAGCAUGGAUGGAAGCGGUCUUUACUCCCUGACUGAGGAUGGUGAAAGAGAGAGUGAGGGAGGCAGACGGGAGAGAGGAAAGGAUAAAGAUGGUGCGAAAAGGGCAGCUAGAAAGAGGAAUAGACCUGGCGGCGGCACCAAUCACUCCACUAGCUCAGAUGAGGAGGACGACGAGGACGAAGAAGAAGAAGAACAGAGAGAUGAUGAAGACGAUGAUGAGGCGAUGGAGGCGUGGCUGGGAGCAGAGCUCCGUGUCAUGCGUGGCCCUAUAUGGCGGUCGAUACCCUCACUGCGCUCCAGGGAGAUCGGGAGGGACUCGCACCAGUUUGUGAGGCGUGUGUGUGGAGCCCGUGGUCUAGUGCAGAGGCUAGAGCUCCAAGGCCGACUGGAGAGGCACACGGGCUGCGUCAACACGUUGCACUUCAACCCCUCGGGCACACGCCUGGCUUCAGGCAGCGAUGACCUGCGAGUGGUGAUCUGGGACUGGGCUGUCCGGCGCGCUGAGCUGGAGUUUGACAGUGGUCACAAGAGCAAUGUCUUUCAGGCAAAGUUCCUGCCUCACAGUGGAGACUCCACCUUGGCCAUGUGUGCUCGAGAUGGUCAGAUCAGAGUAGCUGAGCUCUCUGCCACACAGCGCUGCAAGAACACCAAGCGAGUAGCACAGCAUAAAGGGGCAGCACACAAGCUGGCCCUCGAGCCAGAUUCCCCCUGCUCCUUUCUGUCGGCCGGAGAAGAUGCCGUGGUGUUUGGUAUUGACCUGCGCCUUGACCGUCCCGCCAAUAAACUGGUGACCGUAAAGGAGGGUGAUAAAAAAGUGGGGCUGUACACCAUCUAUGUCAACCCGGCAAAGACGCAACACUUCGCUGUGGGCGGAAGAGAUCAGUAUGUGAGGAUCUAUGACCAGAGGAAGAUCAAUGAGAAUGAUAACAAUGGUGUCCUGAAAAAGUUUUGUCCUUCACAUCUGGUAUCCAGCGAGUCCAAAACCAACGUCACCUGCCUUGUGUACAGUCAUGAUGGCACAGAGCUCCUGACCACUUACAACGACGAGGACAUCUACCUGUUUGACUCCAACCACAGCGAUGGGGCUGACUAUCGCCGGAGAUACAAGGGACACCGCAAUAAUGCAACAGUGAAGGGGGUGAACUUCUAUGGGCCAAGCAGUGAGUUUGUGGUCAGUGGCAGUGAUUGCGGACACAUCUACCUGUGGGACAAGUACUCUGCUCGCAUUGUCCAGUUUAUGGAGGGAGACCGGGGAGGAGUGGUGAACUGUUUGGAGCCACAUCCCAAUCUGCCAGGCAUGGCCACCAGUGGGCUGGACCACGACGUUAAACUGUGGGCCCCCACAGCUGAAAGCCCCACAGGCCUCAAGGGUCUAAAGGAGGUGAUGAAGAAGAACAAGCGUGAGCGCGAUGAGGACAGUGUUCGUCACGGCGACCAGUACGACACCCAGCUGCUGUGGUUCCUGAUGAGACACAUGAGGAACCGAAGGCCUCCGAGGGCCCGCCGUGAGGGUGCAGACGCAGACACAGACGAGUCCUGGAGCUCUCCAGAUUCCUCCGAUGAAGAGGAGGGAGGUCCAGACCACGUCCAGUGCAUGUCCUCCUGAGCCACACACACAUGCAUACUUAGACAAGCACACACGCAUACAUACAUACAUACACACAUACAUACACACUUUAUUGCCCUUGAAUUGAUGCACAUAGGCAAGCACUAUUGACACACUGGCACACUCAAACACUGACGAGCCACCGGCUUGUUUUUGUUUUUUCCCACACACACAUACAAAACACACAUUUACUUAAACAUACUUUUGAAGCAGAGUAACAGAUGCUUUACGCCUGGAUUCCUAGCAGUUGUGAGUUGUGCAAAUGACGAAUACAGACUACAUACACACAGUCCUGAUUUUUGGGAAUUGUACAAAGAGGUUUAGUGAGUGCUUCCAUCCCUAUAAACCACUUGGGGGGCCCCUGCUUGUUUCAUACAUUAUCUCUAAGCUCUGUCUAGCCCCAGAACAAUGUACUUUGCAUGUAUGACAACAAGCACCUCUUCUUUAGGUACCCUGUAGGAAGCUAUACCAGCACACUAUUCCCCCCUCUCUUUGUAACACACCUCUUGUUCUCGAGCUCUCUGUGCUGAUGGCGGGAGAUUGAGCAGGGAGGAAGGGUGUAGAAUGGUACCCUCAAACCAUCAGCUAAAUGUGACCGUUUGAACUCCUAGAGGACACCCCCCCCAGCGUGCCCUCACUGCAUUGCCCCAGUCUGAUACUGAUUUCUGGCCCCGAGCUUGUGCAGCUAGUUGCAUCUUUCACACACACACACUCUCUCGCGAGGACUACUAAAUCCCUACAUGCUGCAUCACCAGACAUGCUGCCCUCAAGCUACUCCCUCCCCUCCUCUUUCCAUCACCCUCCCCCUCACUACUGAGUGCACUUUGAAUCAGGGACGCUUUAGUUUGAGACAAAGACAAAAUGUGCACUGAGUGUGUGAUUUCUUUUCUUUUCUUUUCUCGGGGGGGGGGAGAGCUUUUGUCUUGUAUUGGAAACCCCACAGUGAAGUUUAUUUCUAUUGAUUAUUUGAGUGGGGAGAUGUUUUGCACUUAAGAGUUUUUUGACCGAGGAAGAGGAGAUUUAUUUUUGCUUCCACCAAUCUUUCCUCCUCCUUCUCCUCCUCCUUCCUCCCUCACUCCAUCUUUGGCAGUAAAAUCUUUAGAUGUUGAGGUCGAGGGUGUUCAGCAUGUGCAUAGGAUUAGUACUGAUAAUGGGAUCUGUUGGGGAACUGUUUAACUGUAAAGAGCCAGAACCAACCUGGAUCAAAUCCCAAUUGAAAUACUGCCAAUGUGCCGAUUUGAGAUUGGAGUAAUAACCACGUGGUUACUGAAAAUCUCUCUUUGAUGCUAACGGUCUCAAAUCAAUCGCCGAAAGAUAUGUUCAGACAAACAUGUGAACCAAGUCGUGUGUUUGCAGCCGGCGCACCACUUGUAAGGAAACAGUCUGUUCUGUAUUAACAACGGCCCAAAGAGAAGGACAGGUGGGGGUGGGGUGGGGGGCGGGGUCAAUAUGCUUGCCAGUCAUUUGUUGUGUGAGAGCGAUAAAGUCCAGCUUUUCUCAUUUUCUAUGAGAACUCUAGUUAGUUUAUAUGUACAUAUAUAAAUAUAUAUUAAACUGUAAAAAAAAAAAAAAAUCAACUUUAGCAAAUGCUGUUUGACUUCAAAAGAGAAAAAAGGAAAAAAAAAAAAAAGAUGUCAAAUCAUUUGAUUGGUAUUGAUGCAGAGGUUUAUAUUCUAUAUGAGGACAAAGUACUUUUGAAAUCCGGAGGAAAGCAGUUGACUUGAGGCACGCUUUUUGUUCAAUCUUUUCCUUUUAUGAACGGCAUCCCUCUGUCGUGAACAGAACAGCUGUCAUUUGCAAGUAUUACAGAUUCUCUUUCUCGUUCAAGGUAUUUUCUUUCUAGAUCUUAAUCCAUCGUUUGAGACGGUUGUAUCCAGAUUUUCCCACUGGCUAUUUUUGGCAUCUUGUAUACAUAAAGGCGUUUGAUGAACAGUUUUUUUGUCCACCACUGCCUAAUAUUGCGUUCUACCAGUUAAUUUGGAAAUAUGUACAAUUCGUGCAAUAAACAAAAAGACAGUGCUCUUGA